UUCUUCUUCUUCUUCUUCUUAUUUUUUCACUUCCACCACUUGCCACUCUUUUUCUUUCACUUUCCCACUCAUUUUCUCUCAUUUUCUCUCAUUUUCCCACUUGCCAAACACCAAGAACACCCAUGUGACCAAAAUCCAUCACUUCUCCUUCACACUGUUGAACCAGAAAGCUAGCAAGGAAGCCCAAAUCUCUGUUUCUCUCUGUUUUUGGUGCUGUUGGUUGGCCAUGGUUUCAUCCCCAUUUCUUCUUCCGUUGGCUCUUCUUCUUUCUUUUACUCUUCUCUUCGUCUUCCCUCUUAACCAAUCCCAUUUCUCCUUCUUCGGCGACCUUCAGGACAUUGCUCUCUUCCACAGGGCCACUAUUCGGACUUCACAUCUCGUCGUCGUCGGCAGCAGCAGCGGCAGCGGCAGCGGCGGUGGUGUUUCUUCCGUCUCGCGGUUAGGUAUCACUUCAAACCCUAAACCCAAGAUUGCGUUUCUCUUUCUGACAAAUUCCGAUCUCUUUUUCGCCCCGUUGUGGGAACGCUUCUUCCGUGGCCAUGGAUUGCGUUACAAUAUCUACAUCCACGCUGAUCCUUCCGUCGAAUUAAACCAACCCGGCGGCGUUUUCGAUGGCAGAUUCAUUCCGGCGAGGAGGACUGAGCGAGCGUCACCGACUCUCAUCACUGCCGCUCGUAGACUCCUUGCUCACGCCGUCAUCGAUGACCCUCUGAACCUCUACUUUGCCCUAGUUUCUCAACGAUGUAUACCUAUUCAUUCAUUUGAUUUCAUGUACAAUUUCUUGUUUAAAAACUCAGUCACUUCCCUCCGAUCUUUUUCUUCGAAAUCUACUUAUAAAAGCUACAUCGAAAUCCUCUCCGAUGAGCCGAAUCUGUACGAGCGGUACAUCGCUAGGGGAGCCACCGCAAUGCUUCCUGAAGUGCCGUUCGAGCGAUUCAGGGUUGGAUCUCAGUUCUUCAUUCUGACUCGAAAUCACGCAGUGCUGGUGGUGAAAGAGAGAAAACUAUGGAGGAAGUUCAAGCUUCCGUGCUUGGGCGAGGAGCCGUGUUAUCCUGAGGAGCAUUACUUUCCGACAUUGUUGUCCAUGGAGGAUCCGCAAGGUUGCAGUCACUACACGCUAACUAGGGUUAAUUGGACGGGAUGUUGGGAUGGGCAUCCUCACUUGUACUCGCCGGAGGAAGUCUCGCCGGCGCUCAUAAAAACUCUGAGGCAGUCAAAUUCGAGCUACUCUUUUUUCUUUGCCAGGAAGUUCUCGCCGGAAGCAUUGACGCCGUUGAUGGAAAUCGCCGAUGACGUCAUUUUCCGGGACUGAAGGGAUUGCCGGCUCGUUCCUCUUACUGCCUAGUUUACAUAAAACGAAAUGAUUAAACCCGGUCUCAGUGCACGGUGGCAGGGUCCUGUGAAGCAAAAAUUAUUCAACAUGACCGUCACAACUUAGGAAAGCAAGCACGGUUUUACUUUUUGAUACCUGUAAAUGGUGUUGAAGUGUGGAAAGAAGCCGCGAAACUCAACCCCAACGUGAGUUCCUUACAAUUAUAUAGGUUCCAGUGAGUGUGUGUGUGUCUGCUUCUGUAUAGUUCUUAGUUCGUAGCUUACAAGUUGAAGAAAUGUACAUGUUUUUUUCCCUUUUAGUUGGUUUGAAAUGUAAAUGGGAGGGGGAGAGAGUGUUUGAUGAAUCUGUGGAGUGAUGGAGGGCGGCAAAGGAUAAGAGCAGUGUGAAGAAAUAAAUCACUGCCUUUUGGUCUCUGU